GACAAGUGAGGGAGCGCCACACAUUUUGGAUUAUUGCAGAGAUUCUUUCAUAUUUUACUGUUUAGGUUCAUUUGUUUUGCAAGAAUAAAAAUAAAACAAUAAAACGAUUUAAGAAGCACUAACCGGGAGAUGCAGAAUGGCUUUCUGUGGACUCGCAUUUUUUCUUCUGACUUUAUUUUACCUUGUUACUGUCUACAGCAGGCCGACAGGCGUCCACCUGCGUAACAUGGAAGGCUUUAUUCAAGCCGUGCAGCAGGUUGAACACUCCAACCCUGGUCUGCCCCCCCUGGCUCUGGUCAGGGCCUUGCGGAGGACUGCAGGCCAUGAUGACUUGAUGACCAUCCAUUUCUUGGGCGCUUCCAAUAAUCUCAGCGAUGCUGACCUCCUGGAGACGGCCAUUCUCAACGCCUCAUCUUUCAGCUUUUUUGACAAGGCCAUCCACCACAUUGUGACGGACCAUGGAGAAGAACGAGGGGUGGUUCUCACAAGAGAUGGAACUACGGUGGCGCUUGUACCCUUAUUACUAGGAAUUGAAUCAGGACUGAAAGCCAAGAUGGAAGAGGUGGCAGCAGCUGGGAUCUUCCCUCUUACCUUAGGCAGGACACUGGGCUUAUCAUUUCUCAGCCUCCAGGACUUCCCACCAUCUCACCGUUUGGGGCCUGACGGGUGCUGGGACAACGUGGAUCACCCCAGGGUGUUCAAACUGUCUCAGAUUGCCACUCUAGCCACCGAUGCCAUGAUCAAUGGGGGCAUGGAUGGCCUUAUACUGGGCACAGACCUCAGCAAUUUAACUGCAUCUGAACAGCCACAGGCCCUCAGUCAGAUUCUGAGAGGAUACUACAAUUUUACUCUGAGUGAGGGGCAGGGCAUGGAUGCUGUGAGCAGUCAGAUUAGCCCGAGGAGGAGGGAGCUCUCUAGAUCCAUCCUAGAGUCUGUUGAUCUUCACAGCCAGGUGAUGGAGACACUAGCAUUGGUCUGGAAACUGGAGAACACAGAAUGGAUUUCUAUGGACACUGGGGUGGGAAAGGCGGUGAAAGAUGGAUUGGAGACAUUUGUCAAGAAGUACUGGGACUGCCCUCAAAUCAUCCCUCGCUGUCAGUGGGGGGCAAAGCCCCACCGAGGUACACCUAUCCCGCUCUCUCUUCCCCUCCAGUAUCUGUACAUUCAUCAUACUUAUGAGCCAUCAUCACCCUGUUUAUCCUUCCCAAGCUGUUCUCGUGACAUGAGGUCCAUGCAGCGUUUCCACCAGGAGGACCGUGGGUGGGCUGACAUCGGAUACAGCUUUGUGGUCGGGUCUGACGGCUACGUUUAUGAGGGUAGGGGUUGGCAUCAUCUCGGCACUCACACCAGGGGACACAAUGCCAUUGGGUAUGGCGUGUCAAUCAUCGGUAACUACACUGCCACCCUGCCAUCUCGCUAUGCCAUGGACCUGCUACGUCAUCGACUUGUCCAAUGUGCUAUACACGGAGGAGGACUGGUUUCCAAUUUCACCAUCCAUGGCCACAGACAGGUAGUGAACUACACCGCCUGCCCUGGAGACGCCUUCUUUUCAGAAAUAAGAACCUGGGAGCAUUUCAGCGAAUAAGAGGACAUCCGCAGCCAGCGUUCUGUCAUCAAAGGUUCAUCACUACUUUUGGAAAUUACUUUUGGAAAUGUCUUAUACUCUGGAUCAUUCUAUUAAUGUAGAGGUCACAUUUAAAAUCUGCAUAGUUCAGUGCAGAAAGGAAUGAAUUCUGCUCAAAUAGCUGCAACAGAGAGUUUGACAUUGAAACUUAAAGUUCAUUCAGAUUUUAGUGUUUAUAAAGUAACUUAAACCUUGGCUAAGUUUAGAUCCAGCAUACAAAGUGGUACCAUUAUGUACUAUACAUAUUAAUCAGCUGGUCAGUAUGUUUAUCCACCCAAUUAUCAAAUGAAUGUUAUUUAUCAGUCCUGUGCACUCAAAAGCAACAGUUCAAGAGAAUAAGAUUUCUUUCUUUUAGGAAAAACCAAUAAGGAAGAAACACUCGUUACUGAGGAUGAUGAUGAUAAAAGACGCCUUUGCUACAUAUUAGUGCUAUGAGUGCAUGUCUGAUCAUGUUAUUGUUAACUGCCUGAAAGUAAAAAAAUGUCUGCACAAAACAAAAUUUUCCAUUCUGUUUGAAUUUUGCAGGAAGCGGACACACUAAAGAGAGACGAACAAAGAGACUGUCUAAUAGUGUUUAAUGUGACUGCGUAUUAAAAAUGUCCGUUUUGUUCUAUUGUAACGCAGAUACUAAAGCAGUCGCGCCAGAAUGUAAUACAAAUGAGGAUGGUUCUAGAAUACAAGGAGGGAGCAAACCCAUCAGAAACCCAAGGCACAGAGAUGGUGGGAGGUCUGAUCAGAAACAGUUUCUUUCCAGGCCAGGAAGCAGAAAAAAUAAAUAAAUAAAUAAAUAAAUAAU